UACACAAUUCCAAGCCUUCAAGCAUACCAUCAUCAUAAUCACCAUCUUCCUCAUCUCAGGUUUUGAGAAUUCCACCCAUGGUUCCAAGUGAAAUCAGAGGGUUCCACUAUCCGGCGCCUGAAAAUCCCAUCUUAGUUCCUCCAAAUCUCGGCUUGUUUCAGCAUGGUGAUAUCCAAAACCAGAUUCACCUGAACACCCUCUUGAGCAAUUUGCCAAACUGCUACUUCCCUUCUGGUUCAGGAAGCCUUGAGUUUGUUCCUCCCCUUCCACUUGCUUCUUCAAGCUGCUGCCUCAGCAGCAACUCAACUUCUGAUGAAGCUGAUGAGAUUCAGCUCAGCAUCAUUGAUGAAAGAAGGCAGAGGCGAAUGAUAUCGAACCGAGAAUCUGCCAGGAGGUCCAGGAUGAGGAAGCAGAAGCACUUGGAUGAGCUGUGGUCACAGGUGGUGAGGCUCAGGAAUGAGAACCACAACCUCAUUGACAAACUCAACCAUGUGUCUGAGUCACAUGAUAGAGUUCUUCAGGAGAAUGCACGACUCAAGGAAGAAGCUUCUGAUCUUCGUCAACUGCUAGCUGACCUGAAAAUUAGCUCUUCUUUUGCCGACAGCAUGAGAGAUUUUGAUGAACUCAGAGCUGAGCUCUCAAACUAAUAUAUCACUUCUUUAAAAGCGGAGGCUUUUCUUGUUUUGUUUUCCCCCUUUUUUCCGUACUGUAGAAAUAUACUGCUCUGCUGCUGCUUCUUCUAGCUUUGUGGUUUAUAUAAUCAUCAUCUUGCCUUGCCUCCAGAGCUGGUUGAGUUUACACACAGAUAUCCAAUAACGGCUCUUGAUGAA